UUCGUUAUCUGACAUUCCUGAUUGUCACUACUACGACGCUCAAAUUUUUCUAGUAAAGGUUAUGUUUGACGUAAGCAUAAUAUAUAAUUUUUCAAUUGAGCUUUUCUUAGAAAAAGAAAAGUAAAAAUUAAAGAGAAUUAAAGAAAACGAAUAAAAGUUGGAUAUUGUGAAUUUUACACGUGCGAGGAUGUGUCUAGUACGAUAAGUACACGUUUUUAUUUUUUUAAACAAUAUUUUCCUUGUUCCGAUAAUAUACCGUAAAAAGAAUUUUAAGUAAACGAUGGAAGACUCUUUCCGUAUAAUUUAUGCACUUUGCAUUAUUUUUAUUCGAUUUCCAUUAUAUUAUCUUGCCCCGGUACAAAAUAACUUCAAUAUGUACAAUGACACAAAUUUAUGUAAUACUUCAAUCAAAGAUUUUUUGUACAAGUCGGAAUACACUAAGGAAUGUAAUUCAUUUAAGUAUCAUGAAGAAUUAGGUAAGCAUAGUGUUACCCUAGAUAAUGCAAAAGAAUUUUUGUGUCUUGGAAUAUACGACACCGCGUACAAACUCUGUCAAUACGAAGAAAUCGAACGAUGGGAUAAAAUCUUUCCUGAUCAGAAACAAUUUGACUUGAAAAUUGGAGAUUUAGUAAAAAUUUACCAAACAAAUGGAUCCACUACGAAUUCCAUAAAUUUUUGUAAUGAUUUAAUAGGAUAUACACCUAAGUAUGAUAAAUUAAAACCAAUACUUUCUAAAUUGAUGGCUAAAUUUGAGACACCGCAACUAUGCUUUAGUAUAUGCUUCGAUUUAGAAAGUAAACUAAGGACUCCUUUGUGUGCGAUAUUGGCAUGGAUUAACAAAAUAGAUCAAGAUAUUACUGAGAAACUUAAAAAUGAUUCUAAUAAAGUCAAUGGAGUUGAUAAAAAAAAUGAAAGUUUAAAAAAUAAACAAGAGAAUCAUAAAGAUCAGCAAAUUAUGCAACACGAAACAGCAGACAAUCGCAAACAUUUGGAAAACAAAAGAAAAGAAAACAAAAUAACAGAAAACAAAAUUCACAAUAGCGAAACAUCUGCUGCUUCUAUUAUCUCCAUAAAUAAUGUGAAAAAAGAUAAUAUUACUAAUAAUAGUAAUAAUAAUAAACAAUUGCCAUUAAGUAAAGAGAAUCGAACAAAAACAAGUGAUGAAUCAAAUUUGAUAAAAUCUGAUCCUACGAUUAAGACAACUCUGCAAUCAACAUUUAAUACUGUAAUAAACAAAAAUAAUGAGUCUCAGGAUAAGCUAACUGCUUUGUUAAAUGAGGCCGAUAAAAAGCUGGUAGAUGAUAAUAAUAACAGCCAAGAACCACCUCCGAAUCUUGAAGAAGAUGACUCUAAGAGUAUAAAGAAAGACAAAGUAGAUCCAGAGAAAGAUUCGAUAACUGAAAAAUAUGUAACACAAGCAGUUACAGAAACUAAAUCUACAGAAGCUUUUGAUAAUGCAAAAAUCAUUAGUACUACAGAAUCUAUUGUUGCAGUAGAUAAUAAUUUGAGUGGAUCUGACCCUCAGAAGAAUGUUCCGACAGAGGGCAUAAGCCAACCUGGUAGCGUAGACAAUCCAAGCGAAAGUAUAUCUGAGCCAUCCAAACAAAGAGCUCAUUUUGAGAACGACGAAGAGUCCCACUUUCUUUUUUAUUUUGCCGUCAUAUCAAUUGGUUUUAUUGGUGGCUAUACUGGAUAUCAUAAUAAGAAAAAGUUACUGGCGAUUGUGUUGAAAGGACGUAGGUCAAAAAAUAAUCGUGGUAGACGACGUUCUAGUAGUCCCAAAUAUCGUAAACUCGAUUGCACAUUAGAAGAAGCAGUUACCUCGCAGUGUAAUGCAAAUGUCACCCAUGUUAUAUAUUAAUACGAAUGGUAUGUAAAAUAAUCUAUCACAUUGCAUAUUAAGGCACCAUUUUCGGUAUGAUAGAUUUUUUACUCAAGCAUCUUCCUUUUAUUUUUUUUUUUCUUUUUUUUUCUUUUUAAAUAUUCUUACUGUUUCACAAUGAGACAGGUAAUUAUGGUGAGGGAUCACAGUUUUCUUUUUUUUUUUUUUUCUUUUCUCACAAUGUAAUAUAAUAAUAUUUAUAAAAUAAUAUAUCAAUUUUGCGAUCGUAUGUACAUUGUGUCUCAUCGAAACUAAUGUAGCAGAAUGUUCCUAUUUAAUAUUAUUAUGAUGCAAAAGUAUUUUAGCUAAUCGGGUGUUUCUAUUUGAACAAAAACAAAAAGACAAAAAAAAAAAAAAAGAACAAUCUUUUUGUAUAAAAUUUAUUUUCAUUUAAUCUUACGCAUCGAAAUUGCUAUGAUACAAUUUUGUACUUUUUCGAGUAUUGGGUUUUGUAGAUAUCAAAUGUUUGCUUAAACGUAUGUUUUAUUUGAGACAUUAGGGGUCUCAAUGUCGGACUAUAGUAGGCAAUAUAGUCCAAUUCUACUUAAAGUGCAAUUCCAUGUCUCUGUGUCGGCAAAAUUUUUAAUAUAUAAGAUUACCAAACAAUAUAGCACUAGAAGGAUCAUUAUUUUCUGUAUAUAUUGAACGAUGCAUGAUAACAGAAUAUCAAUGUUAUCCGCCAUGUUUACGAUAUAUUAGGCAUAUUAAAGAGAACAAAAACAAAAUUGCAUAACAUUUGAUCAAAUAAUAUUUUAUGGAAUAUAUUAAAUAGUAGUAUCGUAGAGAAAAUAUUUGUCUAGAGAGAAAAAUUGAGUUUAAAUAGCUUAAAUGAUGAUAUCGAUAUAUAUUUGCGUAUAUUGUUGUAAAAUUAUUUGCGUAUAAUUGAUGUAAAAAAUGAUAGUAAAAGAGAAAAUAUUUCUAUUGUUUCCUUAAUUAAUAUAUAAUGUUUUGAUGGACAAAUUUUCACGUUUAUAUGUCUAUUCUUGAUGGUAGUAAAGUUAUUUAGUUCGUAGUAAAGUCUCCCUUUUUCAAUACGGUGUAAUAUCAGUGAUUUCAUUUCUUUUGAAAAAAAGAAUGCCGUCCACUUACACACGAUUAAAACAUACGAAAAUAAUAUCACUGUCGCAUAAUACCUGUGUGUUAAGUGUCUAAUGACAGUUUGACCAUUCAUAUUAUAUGCACAAAUUGUUACGUGGAUACUUACGAUGAUAUAAUGUAUUUUAAUCAUAGUUACAGUUUCUGUGAAAUGUUCCCAAAAUAAACUUACACAUACUUUAAUCCACUUUAGUAUAAGUGAAUAUUCAAAAAAAGGUAUUUAUUUUUUAUUUCUAAUAAUUAUUAUUCUCCAAAUAAUUAAUUAUCAACCAAGAUGAAUGUUAAGAAGAAAUAAUUCCAUAAUAUCAUUGUUUGUAGUUAUUUUAUACGAUUAUAAUUAUUAUAAGUUACAUAAAAUCUGUAUACAUGACUAUUUACAUAUAUUAUUACUGUUUAUUGUAACAGUAUUAUUAUAUUUAUAUGAUACCUUGGUAGUUAUUUUUUACCGUUUAAGAAUAUGUCUAGAUGAAUAUUUAUAUAGAUUAUUAAUUAACAAAUUUCUAUUUGAAUAAAUGAUGAAUGUACAUUUAUUU